AUGGUGUUUAUUUAUUACUCUGCAUACUAUUCCCAACCAUACAAUCUCUUCCAAAUGUCAUCUUUUAUAACAACAAUUGACAUCUCAAGCAGCAUAUCACAAGGCUUCAGGAUUGACAUUUUGAAUCAUGUGCUCUUCCUAUUAAUAUCUUUCACAUAA